CGCCCAGUAUGCCCUCUUCUGCCGUUGUCCUCACGCUCAUUGCAAUCUUCUCGGCGCUGUGGUUCGCGUCUAUCGGAAGAAGACGCAGGAACCUCCCGCCGGGGCCAAAACCCAAACCACUCAUUGGAAAUCUCUUUGACUUCACUUUGAAGGAGCUGUGGGUACGCGCGACCGAAUGGGCGGAGCAAUAUGGGGACAUGGUAUACGUCCAGAUUUUCGGCCAGGGAGUGCUCUUCAUAAACUCGUACACCGCCGCGGUCGACUUGUUCGAGAAAAAGGGUACCUUAUACGCAGACCGGCCACACAUGGUGAUGGCCGCAGAACUGUGUGGCUGCGAGAACAUCAUCGCAUUUGCCGGGCUCGGAGAUGGGUUUCGCCGACACAGAAAGAUGAUGCAGUCCGCCUUGAGUGCAAGCAGCAUCCCGUCUUACCGCCCGCUUGUUGUGGCCGAAACGUAUCCCUUCCUUCGGCGGAUGAUGGAGUCUCCGCAGAACUACAUGACCCAUCUGCGCAGAUACGUUGGUGCACAGACUUUAUCCAUCGUCUACGGGUACAGGAUGACAGAGGCCGACGACCUAUUCCUCAGGUUGGCGGAGCAGACGCAAGAUAUGCUCUCCAAUGACAUUGCGAGUGGCGGUACCGGAAUGUGGAUGGUGGACAUCCUGCCAUUUUUGAAGCACCUACCUUCAUGGUUUCCCGGCGCAGGGUUCCAGACAAAGGCCGCCGACUGGAAGGCUAAAAUCGAGUACGCGGCUGAUGCGCCGUUCAACUGGACGAAAGCCAACAUGGAAACCGGCAAUGCGUCGACUUGCUACUGCACCCUGGCAAUGGACAACGAGGGUGACGACAGCGUAGACAAGAAGCGCGAAUCCGACGUCAAGUGGACUGCCCUCACGAUGUACAUGAGUAGCAUAGACACUACCCUCGUGGUGAUGAGCCACUUCAUCCUUGCCAUGGUGAAGUAUCCAGCGGUCUUGAAGAAAGCGCAGUCGGAGAUCGACGCUUUGACGGGCGGGAGUCGCCUCCCUAACCACGAUGACCGGGCUGCGCUUCCUUACGUCGAGGCCGUCGUGAGCGAGUGUCUGCGCUGGUCUGUCCCCGUGCCACUUGGUCUCGCGCAUCGCCUGAUGGAAGACGACGUGUAUGAGGAUAAGUUCAUACCGAAGGGCACAUUUGUCUUCACCAACAUAUGGAGGAUGACGCGCGACGCAACACAAUUUGCAUCCCCCGACGAGUUUGUACCUGAGCGCUUCCUGGAGGGCGGGCAGGACGGACCGUCAAGCAAACGAUACGACCCCAACGUAUUCGUGUUCGGUUUCGGGCGAAGGAGAUGCCCGGGGACCCAUCUCGCCGAUUCAACCCUCUGGAUCGCGAUCGCUUGCAUGCUGGCGACGCUCGACUUCGGCAAGGCUAUCGAUGCUUCCGGCGAACCUAUCGAGCCUCAACCAGAGUACAACAACUCCACUUUCAGGUCUCUCGAUCCUUUCCCCUGCAAGAUCGUGCCUCGGUCAGAGCACACAGCUCGACUGGUUCAGGACGUGGCGGCCGUUUCUAUUUAGCGUAUAGUAUACUUAAUCCUACUUAAUUUCAAGUCUAAAUUCGUCUGUG